AUGCAUUCGGAGCGAUUUAUUCAAUACACGGUGCGGAUGGCGGAGCUGAUGGCCUCGUCGAUCUACUGGCCUAAGUGCACUGUGAUGGUGGAAGCCAGCCGCCGGCCAGCCGCCGGGCCGGUUUGUUUGGGCGAUCUGACAAGGGGAGUGCUGGCCGGCCAGAGCGUGGUGUCGGCACGGCAAUCGCCAGUGCUUCGCGGGACGUCGCAGUGCUGCGGUGUGUGGCGGUGCACCGGCUGUCUUUCGCCUACGCGGGAACUGCCCUCGGCCGCCGCCAUGCGUCUUCUGCUUCACUCGGCGCGCCAGGUGGUGCAGGUGUGCAGCGACGGUCAGCUGGCGCUGCGGGGCGCCGAGAUGGGGCGGCUGGCCGUGCUCGACCGGCCGGACGGAGGCCUCGCCGUGGCCGUCGACAGCGACGGCAAAAUCGCCGCCAUCGGCUCCAACGAGUCCGUGCUGGCCGCCUACCCCGAGUCCAGCUUCGAGCAAGUGAUGGACGUGUCGGGCCAGGUGCUGCUGCCGGGCCUGGUGGACGCGCACACGCACCCAGUCUGGGCUGGCGACAGAGUGAACGAGUUCGCCAUGAAGCUGGCCGGAGCGUCCUACAUGGAAGUUCACCAGGCCGGCGGUGGGAUCAACUUUACGGUGGAGAAGACGCGGGCGGCUUCGGAGGAGACGCUGCUGAAGGCGUUGCUGCCCAGACUGCAGAGAAUGAUCAGUACUGGCACCACGCUGGCCGAGUGCAAGUCCGGCUACGGCCUGGACACGGAGACGGAGGUGAAGAUGUUACGCGUGCUGGAGGCGGCCCGGCCGCGGAGCGCCGUCGAACUGUCGUCCACCUUCUGCGGCGCCCACUCGGUGCCGAAAGGAAAAACAUCGUCAGAGGCAACGGAUACUGUCAUCGAUGGCAUGCUGCCUGAAAUAAAAAGGCUCCGUGACCUAGGGGAGCUCUCUGUGGAUAGCAUUGACGUCUUCUGCGAAAAGGGCGUGUUCAGCGUCGAAGAAACGAGCCGUAUUCUGCGAGCUGGAAAAGACCAGGGACUUCUGCUCAAUUUUCAUGGCGAGGAACUAUGCAGACUCAACUCUGCAGAGAUGGGUGCAGGGCUGGGCGCCGCCGCCAUCAGUCACCUGGAGCACGUCUCGCCGGAGGGCAUCGGCGCCAUGGCGGCGGCCGGCACCGUGGCCGUCAUCCUGCCCACGACGGCGUAUAUCCUGCGCCUGGUGGCGCCGCCCGUGCGCGACAUGAUAGCAGCGGGCGCCGCGGUGGCGCUGGGCACCGACUUCAACCCGAAUGCCUACUGCUUGUCCAUGCCGCUGGUGAUGCACCUGGCCUGCGUGAACCUGCGGAUGACGAUGGCGGAGGCGUUGUCGGCGGCCACCAUCAACGCGGCCGCCUCGCUGGGCCGCGCCGCCUCGCACGGCUCGCUCGAGGUCGGCAAGCAGGCCGACCUGCUGGUGCUGGACGCCCCCAGCUGGAAGCAUUUGAUCUAUCAGUUCGGCGAGGCAGCCCACAUCAUCAGUCACGUGAUCAAGAGGGGUCGCGUCGUGCACAGCCGGCCGGCCUCGGCGACAGCGGCCGGGGAACGCUGCCAGUACUGACCGGCGCUCGGAGCUGGCGGCGCCCGCCACGUGCCCCUGGCUGAGAGAGGCCCAUGAAUAAUUGCAGACAGUAAUGGAGGUGAACUAUUCCCCUGAAUAAUGGAAGCCGUUGUUGUUCUGACGCUGCAGUAUGUCGAUGACGUUUGCUCAGAUGAAGGCCACUUUGAGGUGCCAUACGCAGCCUAUGAUAUCAAGCGAAUGUAAGCAGGUGUUCCUCACUUUACAACCGAUAGGUCGACACGGGAACGACCAGACCUUCACGCGUCAUGCCGAAUACAUGUGGCCAGUGUUUACCAAUUCCACGCCUUCUGUUUUUGACGCAGUGUGUGCUAUCGAUGUAUCUAACCGUUUGAAAACGUCGUUGUGCGAUGUCUGCGUUCACUGGCAUGCACUGGUACAGAGUUUAUUAUCGAAUGUAAUGGCUUAACCCGUGUCCUAAGGGGGGGGAGCUGAACAUGAUGGGAGAGCUUAAAUGAGAGAGCUUGACAUGUAAAUUGCGAAGUCUGUCCGAGCAUAACAUACGAAGUGAACUUUGCGUCGAUGUCAUGUCGAGCAUUAACGAUUGGAUUAACUCCCUAAUGCACCGCUCAUGCGUUUGUCGCAAACCACAUCGCUUGAUAAAAACUGAUGGCUAUGCGUUUGGCCUGGCCUGGUGGCUUCAAUCGACGAAAUCGACGAAUUCGUCAAGACUCGAGCUGAUCAGGACCACUUUUUGGAAUACUUCUAUAAUUUGGUAGAUUUCUCUUGGUUUUUGGAUAUUUUGGCUUUUGUGCGCUGGUUUCGUGGUUGACAAUAAAUGGGAGGACA